AUGCGGGGCCAAGAUAGGAUUAGCCAGUUGCCUAGUGACCUUCUUCCUCGUAUCCUUUCCUUCCUGCCAAUCAAGGAUGCAGUAGCUACUAGCAUCCUUUCCACAAAAUGGCACAACAUAUGGACCAUAGUCCCUGUCAUUGAUGCAGAUCAAAACUCAAUACAAGUCGACGAAGAUCGAUUCUACACCAUUGUCAACUCAAUUCUGCGCCACCCGAUGGCUGCGCCUUUUCCACUUCACAAGUUCAUCCUCAAGUGCGACCGAUGCACCAGUCAUGCUGCAAUCAACAAUCUGAUUCAGGCAGCUCUUGACCGCCAAGUGAAGGAGCUGGACCUUUGCAUUGCUCCACAUAACAUAGUGCACAAAUUCCCGCUGCCUGUGGAAGUAUAUAGAAACCAGCAUCUCAAGGUUUUGAAAUUCAGCAAAGUGAGGGUUCAUGACAAUGAGCCACCAGGUUCUUUCCCACCAGGUUCUUUCCCAUCUUUGAAGAAUUUGCAAGUGGACAUCUCGUAUGCUUGUGACAAAUCCUUGCAAAAAUUCUACCACCACUGUCCUGUUCUUGAGGAGUUGAGAAUGGAAGGAGAAAAGAACCCAUUUCGUAAAGUCAAUUGUCAGUUUGAUGUCAGUUCAGAAAGUCUCAAAGCACUAUACAUCAAGCUGCAGUCUAAUUAUGAUGUUCAGUAUGAUGAUGAUGAGGAGGAGGCGGAAGAGAUAUAUACUUUUAAAAUUAAGGCAAAGAAUUUGGAGAGCCUUUUCAUUGACGAAGACAUAUUGGCAGAUUACGAAAUGGAAGAAUUGAUAUCCCUGGUUGAAGGCAAUAUUCAAAUUGGGUGGAAAGAUCACCAGUACAGCAUGGGUGAUAGAACAUUCUUUAACAAAGCUUUCAAGAUAAUCAGGGGAUUGACCCAUGCUAGGACCCUAACCCUGGGUGAGAGGACCACUGGGGUAAGACUGAUUUCAUUUUGGUAA